AUGACUGGUAUAAUACUAUUUACGAUCAUUAUAAUAAUAUACCGCAUGCACCUCGUAACAUGUUUUGCUGCAAAUUACAAGGGUUUUUCAGUAUCAGAUAAAGGAAUAUUUUCAAAUUCUGUAUAUAAUGAGAUAACAGAGAACUUAUGUCAACCGACUGCUAUUCCAUUUGAACAAUUGUUAAAUUAUGGUAGCCCAUUAGUACUUAGUUUUACUUGCCCUGAUAAAAGCGUGAUAAGCAGUAUUGAAUACAUGACAGAUUCCUUAAAUUAUUAUAUAACAGGACUACGUUUUGGCUGUAGUGAUAGAUUGUCUAAUAUAUAUCUGGGUUCUCAAGAAUAUAAUUCAACUAAUGUUAAAGAUAGGUAUGAAGGAGAUGGCAUUAAUGAAGUUGCCUUUGGUUAUGAUGCUGUGGAACCAAUAAUUAGACUAAUUAAAGUAGUUAAAGAAGAAAAAUAUCCAAUUCCAUCAAAAAUGUUACUUUCAUAUAUGUCAAAAAGUGAAUCUCUUUAUCGUUCUUAUACAUUAUUAGGCGAUAAACCAACAGGUUUGUGUGCAGUAAUUAUUUUAAAUUCUCGUUUCAAAAAUCCAAUAAUAAGUAAUUUGAGGAUAAAAUUUGCUUCUGAGAGGCCAUUAAGUAAUAUUCCAUAUAGUGGUUUUGUAUAUACUGGUAUACCUAAAAUAUCAUUAAGUAAAGUUUUAGAUAAAAAUUGUCCAGCUAUUUCAGGAGUAGCACCGGGUACUGCAGAGGAUAUUUAUCCAUUUAUAAGUUGCCCAGAAGGAUACCAUAUAAUAGGAAUAAAUACUAUUUUAGGAGAUGAUAUAUCUGCUGCGAGCUUAAGGUCCAUAUCUCAAGGAUUUGAAGAGGAAAUAAAAUUGAAAGUGGGGUCUAAGGUGAAUUUAGAUUCUGAGAUUAAAGAUCUUGAAGAAAAAAACUGGAAAAAAGAUGCUCUUAUUGAUUCUAUAGAUUUUGAUUCCCAGGAUACAUCUACAUCUAACUUAGAUAUGACUGAAGAAAAUGAGUAUAGAACUGUAUCAAAUGGUGAGAUUUUAAUGUUAAAAUUUCUUUGUAAUGAUUACAUUACAUCAGUAAGUUUAGGGCAACCUCUUAGUAAUAUGACAAGUUGGAAUAUUUUAGAUUCUAUUCCGAAAGUUGAGUCUUGGGUUAAUUCUCAAACUUUACAAGAUAAAAAUUUAAAAGCUUUGAUCCAAAGUGAAUCUGAAAAAAGUAUAGUUCGUGGUACAUCUGAUGUUAAAUUAGGUAAUAUAAAUAAUUUAUUAAUUGGAUAUACUACUGGAAAACUUCAAAUUGAGGCUUUUAUAGAUACUCAAAGCACUUCAGGUUUGGGUAGACUCUCUGAAAUUGUUGAUCGUUACACAUUUGGCCCAACAUUUAUCUAUGCCAAUGAAUUUGUAGAUUUUCAAUUAAAUACUAGAAAUAUAAUAAAAUCAGUUCCUCAAGUUUACAUAUCUAAUCCAAUAAAUAGAAUAAAUAGUUACUCUGGUGAAUUUUUUACUGGUAUUUGUAGUCGUAUAAUACAAGGAACUUUUCUUAUUGGUCAUAUAGGUUUUUCUACUGCAAAGCUUAUCAAACCUUUUUUUCCACAAGUUUAUUUAUCUAGAGAUAUUAUUUUCGAAUCUGCAACAACUGAAUUCCCUUCUAAAUGUGAAAUGAUAAAAAAGAACAUUAAUGAACAUGAUGAAAACACGGACACCGUACGUAGUAGCUUAAGAUCUAUUCAGGGAAUAUUUAAAUGUCCUCCAGGAUUCUCAAUUGAAUCGAUUCAGAUACUUGUAAACUUAAAUGAAGAUCUUAUAGAAUCUAUGAGGUUUAAUUGUGGUAAUUCCUUUGAAUCAUUUAUAGUUUUGGGAUCCCCAAAUUAUAUGACUGAAUUUUCUAACAACUCCAAACCUAAUAUAAAUAUAAAUGGACUGAAAUUAAUUUCUACAGCUUUUAAUACUAAAGAUUUAUUUUUUGAUAAUAUAAAAAGUAUUUUGGCAGCUUUUUCAAAGCCUAUAUUUUCUUCAGCAUUGUUUAUACCUGAUAAUUUACUUCCUAUUGCUUAUUUCAAAGUUUUACAAACAGUUGAAGAUCCUAAAGUGGUUGAAAAUACUUUAUUAUUUAAUUCAAAACUAUAUUCUGCUAAAGAUCCCCAAAAAAUUUGGAAGGGUGGGGUACUCACACAGGUAUGCGCUGAUAUAUCUCCAGGAGGACUCAUCAGAAACCUCGGGUUUUAUUUUGAAUACCCCUUCAAACCAACAGUACAAAAAGCUAUAAAUGAUUACUAUGGAUAUGUAUCUCAAGGUAGUGGGACCUUAGAAGUUGAUCCCAAGAAUUUUAUCUGCCCUGAAAUGCUUCAUUCUCCUAGAGCACAGUUUCUCUUUAGCAAACAUAUUGAAGAAAUCAUAGUUCAGGGUCACCUACACCCUUUAAGCAAAAAAACAGCACUAAGAACUAUUAAUUAUAUCUGCCCAACUAAUAGUGUUAUUGAUAGAGUUGAAGUCACAUGGCAAUUUGAGAGGAAUCUUAAGACAAUGGACAUGCUAAAUCCAUUAUUGAAAUCUAAAAAUACUGGGGGCUCUAUUGCAGCUAUGAGAUUUUUCUGUAGUGAUGGCGAAUCUGUUUUAAAAAUUGGAGCUGAUGCAAAUCCAACACAUACACAGAAGGUAGUGGAAAUUCAUGAGGUAUUUCUUGGAUAUGAUGCACUUCCCAGAUCUCAAUUUGAAACCCUAAAAAAGACUUUAGUUGUAAAUAAGAGUAAUCAAAUAACUGAAGAUCUUUUAUUAACUAUACCUGGUGAUCCAGUAUCUUUUAAACUUAUACACGAAUCUUUCCCUGUGUCAACAAUUGUUAUGAACGUUGGAAGAGCUCAGUAUUAUACAUCUGCUACUGAAGCUCUCUCUACAGAUAAAAGCACUCAAAAAAGGGAAUAUCUCAAAUCUUUAAUUUGGCGAGGAGGUAAAUGGAAAGGUGUUUGUAUAGGAUUAUUAAAUAUUAGUGGAGGAAUUCUGAUUUCAAAUGAAUUUAGUAUUGUAUCUUUUGGAUCCUAUUUUGAAGAGCCUUCUCCAAUAGCUAAAAGGCCCUAUGAAGGGUUUCUAUAUACUGGAGUUCCACAGAUAAAUUUAGAUAAGAUUGUUUCAACUUGCAACAUGUCACAAUCUCCAUCACUGAAAAACAAGUAUUCAGGAUUUUCAGCAUCCUUUUUAUGUCCAAAUGGGACUUAUAUUGAGAGGAUUGGGUAUGGAACUGAGGAUAAGUCUAGUGACAAGAGUUAUGAAGCUCUUAAAAAUGGAACAGUUGUACUCCCAUCUCCAUAUAAAGAAUCCAGACACUUGGGUCCUCUGAAACAGAUCACAGCUUUACAUAUUGUAUGUAGUGAUGGAAUAUCUACUAUAACAAUUGGCCAACCCUCCAAAGCUGUUGCUUAUAGUAAACCUGGAAAAAUAGGAGCUAUAAGAAUUGGAUAUAUACAAUCAAACUCAAGCCUUAUUGACAAAUCUAUUAAUCCUUUGGAUUUGUUAACUCCUUCUAGUAUAGAUCUAUACUCAUCAGACUUAAAAUAUAAACUUUUGAAGUACUCAAACCCUCAAUAUCCAUCAUAUCUACAAAGAAGAAAUUUUUGGAAAGGUCAGAACUUACUUGCAGUUUGUGUAGAUUAUGCAGUUGUCCCAGAUGAAAAGGUAGCAAGAAAUAAAAUGAAUAAGAAUCAUCUUACUUGGACUGGAACAGGAACUAGAGUCCAAGAAACAUAUGCGAUAAUGGCUAUAGGUUUUGCUUUUCAAAAGCGAUCUACUGAGGCAGGAGACAAAGCGAAGACUGUUAAAAUAACACAGAAGUUACCAAAAGUUAAUAUAUCUAAAUCUAGGCGUAGUAGUAAGAAGGAUCACCCUACUAUUAUAUCUCAAAAAAAGAAAUUUAGACUCCCAUUGGUAUUUCGAAGUAAACUUUAG